UGUGUCCGCGAAGUGAGUCAAGGCACAGCGCAGUUAUGGCGACCCCAGUGAGGGGAUUUCAAGGAGGCAAGUGAGAAACAACGAUUGUUUGCCUUGCCUUCCUGUAGAGCGAGCCCUUGGUGUUCUCUUUUCGAGUUACCGACCCUGACUAGCUUCCGAGACCGGGCCGCUUUUCCUCCCCCAGCGUCCUGUGGGAAGGUUUAUCGGCCUCGAUAUUACACCCCCAAUUUGAGUGACGUGUCGUGCCGCCAAUCGUUUCCUCAGCCUCCUUAUGGCGUUCGUGAGGCUCUAGUGAAAACUUAGGGCGCGAGGGAAGGUGUCGGCAUGAACAGAAUUCGUAUCCACGUUUUGCCCUCUAGCCGGGGUCGAUUCACUCCGGUGCCAAGGCCUCAGGAGGCUUUGUUGUGUGCCUUUGCUCACCGCCAGUGCUCUCAGCCUCGCUUGGAAGGCCACGAAUUCUGUAUUAAGCACAUUCUUGAAGACAGGAAUGCCCCUUUCAAGCAGUGCAGUUACAUUUCUACUAAGAAUGGAAAGCGGUGCCCAAAUGCAGCUCCGAAGCCUGAGAAGAAAGAUGGUGUGUCAUUCUGCUCUGAGCAUGCUCACCGAAAUGCUCUGGCACUGCAAGCACAAAUGAAGAAGUCAAAUCCCAGCCCCGUACGAGAGUCUCUCCUUUGUCAACUGAGCUCCUAUGCUAAGACCGAACUGGGCUCCCAGACUUCAGAGAGCAACCGCAGUGAGGCAAGCAGGAUAUUAGAUGAGGACAGCUGGAGUGAUGGAGAGCAGGAACCUCUUACUGUGGAUCAGACAUGGAGAGGUGACCCUGACAGUGAAGCCGACAGCAUUGACAGUGACCAGGAAGACCCGCUUAAACAUGCUGGAGUGUACACUGCUGAGGAAGUGGCACUGAUCAUGAGAGAAAAACUGAUCCGGCUGCAGUCUCUGUAUAUCGACCAGUUCAAACGACUCCAGCACCUCCUGAAGGAGAAGAAACGCCGGUACUUGCACAGCCGCAAAGUGGAACAUGAAGCCAUAGGUAGCAGCCUUCUGACAGGCCCAGAGGGACUUCUAGCUAAAGAACGUGAAAACCUGAAACGCUUGAAAUACUUGAGGCGAUAUCGGCAGCGGUAUGGUGUAGAGGCUCUUCUGCACCGACAGCUGAAGGAGCGUAGAAUGCUGGCUACUGAGGGUGCAGCUCAGCAGGCACAUACCACCCGUUCCAGCCAGAGAUGUUUGGCUUUUGUGGAUGAUGUUCGGUGCUCCAACCAGUCUCUCCCAAUGACAAGACACUGCCUUACUCAUGUUUGCCAGGACACCAAUCAGCUACUUUUUAAGCUGUGUCAGGGGUCAGAAGAAGCACCCUGCGACAAGCCAAUGCCCAUAAACCUCUCUGAAGAUCCCUGCUGCCCACUCCAUCUCCCGCUACCACCACAGAUGUAUGUCCCUGAACAGGUAUUGUCUGUUCCCGAGGAGCUGGAAGCUGCUUCCGCGGAUCUGUACUUGAGCGCAGCUGAACUCCGGCCCACAGAGAGCUUACCGCUGGAGUUCAGUGAUGACUUGGAUGUUGUCGGAGAUGGCAUGCAGUGUCCCCCUUCCCCUCUGCUGUCUGAUGCUUCUGCUGCUGUUGAGAACCAGUUGAACAAAAAUGUUGCUGAGACCCCCAAACACACACACUUAAGAGAAGAGUCUUUUCAGCAAGGGCUGUUGAAUCAGAUAUCGUCACAACCAGUGAGAGGGAGCUUUCCCAGACAGACCACAUCUGUGCUAGAGUCCCCACCGGAACCACUCUCACAGCAUCUUGCGACAAGUGAAUCUGGACAGGAGGAAGGUGGAAAGGAAGAACCUGCAACCAAUGGGAAUUCAGAACUGUCCUCCUUCAGCUGAUAGAAAAUCAGAUGGAGACCCACCCAGAUGAUGAAGCAUCUGCUAUUUUUGGACUCCUCCUGGCUGUGCAUGUUCUUUCGUCUCCCUGUUCAGUCCUUCCAGAUUUAGUAAAAUGUGUCUCGGAGGGCCUUUUGGUCACUUUUGCAUUGUCACCCUUCAGGCCUUGUUCUGUUGUGUUUUCCUUUUAUGUUUUGUGUGUGUGUGUGUUUUCAAGUUAAUGUCUCUAAUAUAAUGAAUGCAAACUUAAUGUUUUUCAGUUCCUGGGUUAUUUGUACAUGCUGAAGGCAUGGCUUGUCCAUGCUUAAAAGAAAGGGCCUAGUAAAAGAAAUCUAGUGCCAAUCACUAGAUUGUAUAUUAGCCUAUUAAUAUUUCAUUGUGCUACAGCUGCACAGCUGUUUUUUAUUUUUCUUCUCUGGCACUGAAGUUUGUAAACAGACUGCAGCUUUAAAUUUGUAUACAAAUCACAUCUAGUAUAAAAAUUAAGAUAUUGGAUAACA